CUUCCUUUCUUGUUCCUGAAGUGACGACGACGACGAAGAAGAAUUGAUGAUGCGAGAACAACACGGCGGCAAGUUUGAUGCCGAGGAGUAUCUGAGGCUGCUGCAGGAGGCGGGGACGGAGAAGAAGCGAGGCGGCUGCCCCCAGAACCCCAUCAGGAGCCGCUUCUGCUCCUUCUCCAGCGACCCGGUGCAGAACGACUGUAUCUGGCGGGCUGUGGUGCGAGGAGAAAACGCUGCAUCGUACAGGAGGAAAAUAGACUACGGCUCCCUGCACCGGUUCUACCAGGAGACUUCAUGGCUCGGCAGCAGCAAUGCUAGUCUCUCGCUGACUUCCGCGGGUAGCCAAAGAGAAGGUGAUGGUGAUUCCUUCGAGAAGCGGCUGCACAUAAACUACGGUCACGUCACACAGGGUCCCCCGCCCCCGACUACUUCCAGCGCGGUCAUCGGUUGGCGCUCAUCGCUGCCAGAACUUCGCCUAGAGCGCUAUGGAAACAGGCCUCGAAGGUGUCCCAAAAUAGAUUCUUCAAACACUGCUGGGUCCUGCUCCGUCUCACUUACGACAUAGACGCAGAACAACACAAGCGUAUAAAUAUUAUAUCUGAUGGGCCUGAGAGUGAU